AUGUCACUUCGACGACCAUCUCACUCGGCCUCCUCCUCAAACAACUUUCGCUUUCUCGACCUCCCUAGUGAGAUCAGAACCAAGAUCUAUGGUCUGGUACUCUGCGACAUCCGAGACCUCAAGACACCCGACAGCUUCGCUGAACCCACGGAAUUCGCCAAAUAUGAGCACGACAUCCAUCCUCAGCUCUUGCAAACCUGCCACCAGAUCAACGACGAAGCAAAGUACACCAUGCUUACCACCAAUCUUUUCGUCGAGGUCAAAUUCAUCACUGGCAUCGGACACCGUCUCAACUACGACUUCUUCGAGAUGCUUCGUUUGGCCAGAGUACCAAUUCUCCGAGUCAAGAAGAACGAGGAAGUAGGACCACAUACUGCAGCAGGUGGAGCUUUCAAUGGCUGUGUCAUGCGCCACCAAAUUUCCUCAGCUGGAGGUAGCAUCUGGGAGAAGAAGGGAACUGAUUCCUUGAUGCUGUUACAUCGAGACAUGGAUCAAUUUUGCGCCGCCAUCAUGGAGACACAGUGGUUUGUGACCUACAUCAAUGAAAAGACAAUCCACGAGGUCACACUUCUCAACCCUUUCAUUCCCGAGGUCACUCCAUCCAAGGUCGUUCUCAGCGGAAAGAACACCAGUGCUCGACCAUUUUCCAUGGAUCUUCUGCGACACAUACAACCAACGCUCUUAUCUCCAUUCACUCCCCAACUCUUCCGGGGAUCCUCGGGCUUCAUCAUCAAGGACCAUACCAUCAAAAACCGACCAGCCCCUUCAGUGAUGGAAACAACCACCCUACCCAUGACCGCUGUCAGUGUUAUGGAAGACCUUUAUCAACUCAAGGGCCAAGGGGAUAAUCAUUCUCUUCAGGGAAGUCAUGGAUAUGCUAAAGCUUUUUAUAAGCUAAUUGAUUAUAAAAUCGCCAUUUUGAUGAGAAGAACUAGUUUAUCAAUGAUGAAGUUGUUUGAAGAAGAAGGAAAUCAGUUGGAAAAGGAAUUAGCUGACUUGUCCACUGAACUCAGCGAUUAUAAGUUUUGA